AUGGCUGCCUCUCGCGUUGUCGCGCUCUCCUCUUCGCAACUAUCCGUAUCAUUCCACCGCGCGCAAUGCCGCGUACGGACAGAGCUGCAUCCGGACAGCCGCACGCCACCAUUCUCAUGCGCGCAAGGCAUGUCCAGAGCCGCCGUCCGCCAGGGCCCACAUACUGCGCGCAGCGAAAGACGUUCGCUGCGGGUGCUUGCGGCGGGGGAGCGCAAAGACGAGGCGGGGUCGGCGGGCGAGGGGAAGGACGCGGAGAAGGUUCCGGGGUGGGCGCAGCCCGGGAGCGGGGAGCUGCCGCCGUGGGCGCGCGCCGAGGCGCAGCGCGACAAGCCGUUUGAAGUGCCGUUCUGGGCGUACCUCCUCGCGUCCGUCCUCGUCGCCAUCGCCGCGGUGGGGUCCAUCUUUGAGUUCACGGCGGGCAACCCGCUGUUCGGCGUGGUGAGCAGCGACAGCCCGAUCUGGGCGCCCACGCUGCUGCUCUUCGCCACCACCGGCAUCCCCUCCUCCGGCUACCUGCUGUAUCUGGCGAUCCAAGCAGCCAACAAGGCAGCUCGGGAGGCGGACGAGCAGGACAGGGUGUGA